UUUGUAACUUGCAGUGGCACUUAUUUAUCGUUUGUUCGUAAAUAUAUCAAGUCGGUACCGGUGGUCCACCAGUAAAAUAAAAAUUGAUUUUAUUUUAUGAUAUAUGAUUUAAUUAACUCAUAGCCAAAAGAAAAUGCGGUUCAUCACAUUAUCUUGUUUGUUAUUGGUAUUGUGUUACGCGGUUAAUGGAGGGAAACAUUUUAAACUUGGUAGAAGCAAAGGGGGUAAUUUAGGAGCACCGGGAGGAUAUAAAGGCGAGCCGCUGCCUCCAGCGCAAUGGUUUAAACAAAAAUUAGAUCAUUCAAGCCCUUCUGAUUUGAGAACAUGGAAACAGCGUUAUUUUGUAAAUGAUAGUUUCUACGACUUCAAUAACCAAGGACCAGUGUUCCUGAUGAUUGGGGGUGAAGGACCAGCAGAUGCGAGGUGGAUGGUCAAAGGGGCUUGGAUUGAUUAUGCUCAAAAGUUCAAAGCACUUUGCAUCAAUCUUGAACACCGCUACUAUGGGGAGAGCCAUCCUACAGAAGACAUCAGUGUUAAAAACUUACAAUACUUGUCAUCAUACCAAGCUCUGGCAGAUUUAGCUAAUUUCAUUCAAGCAAUGAAUGAUAAAUACAAACUACACAGCAAUGUCCGCUGGAUAGCCUUUGGUGGCUCAUACCCUGGUUCUUUGGCAGCCUGGCUGAGGCUCAAGUAUCCACAUCUUGUAUAUGCUGCAGUCUCCUCCAGUGGUCCUUUGUUGGCUAAAGUUAACUUCAUGGAAUAUUAUGAGGUGGUUGUUGAUGCUCUGCGUGAAAAAACUGGUGGAGAGGAUUGUGUUGAUGUACUGAAAAUGGCACACAAGCAGAUAACAACACUUAUGAAAACUGACCCAAGCAUUGUUGAAAAAGAAUUCAGAGUUUGCAAACCAUUCUCUAGUGCUUCAACAAAUGAUAUUAAGAAUUUCUAUAAUUCAAUUGCUGAUGACUUUGCUGAUUUGGUCCAAUAUAAUGAAGACAACAGGAUCAGUGCAGAUGUAAAAUACAGGAAUCUCACUAUCAAUACAGUGUGUAAUAUGUUUCUGUCUCCUGGGGCACAACCUGCAUACAAAAAACUAGCAGCUUUUAAUUCUAUUAUUCUGGAAAAAACCAAUCAAACCUGUUUGGACUACAGCUAUGAUAAUAUGAUAAAAGAAUUGAGGAAUAUGACUUGGGGAUCAGAAGGAGCACGACAGUGGAUGUAUCAAACUUGCACAGAAUUUGGAUUUUACCAAACUUCCUCAGGGGAGAUUGAAGUGUUUGGUAAUGACUUUACACUUGAUUUCUUUAUACAACAAUGUGAAGACAUAUUUGGGAAAAAGUACAAUGCCGACUUUGUGAAUGCAGCUGCGGCUUGGACUAACAUCAAUUAUGGUGCUCUGGAUAUAGCCAUCUCUCGAGUAGUAUUUGUUCAUGGCUCUGUAGACCCUUGGCAUGCUUUAGGGAUCACUAAAACUCAAGAAAAUGAUGCACCAGCCAUAUACAUUAAAGGUACUGCACAUUGUGCUAAUAUGUAUCCGCGUAGUGAAAAUGACUCCAGUGAAUUAAUUGAAGCCCGACUGGAGAUUGAGCAGUAUCUUGCUGGAUGGGUAGGUCAGCUUUAAUAAGCAUUUCUCCCUUCCAAACUGAACAGAAUAUUAAUAUAUAUGUCAAUCAAAGAUCUACAAUCUCUUUUGGAAUUCGAAAUGAUUAAAAAUAGUUACUGAACUGUUUAUAUACUUAUUACUAUGUCAAGCAAAUAUUUAAAAGAGGCAAAAAUAAUCAAAACCAGAAUCUCUUAGUGAGUAUUAUGCCAAAUCAUUAGUUAUUUAGAUAGGUUAUAGAGGCUAAUAUUUUACAGCCAUAUGUGCUCAAUAAUGUAGUUAAAGAGAGGAGAGAAAGCUGUGGUUAUCCUGUUCAAAGCUGUGGUUAUCCUGUUCUAUCUCUAAUAAAUUACUUACUUAUAUUUUUUAUACUGAGUUUUUAGGAGGACAUAGUAAUUAUUUUUGUAAUGACAUUUUUAGAAAAUGUUGUAGGUCUUCAUAAAGCUGUCUGCUCGUCAUGAGGCUAAGUCAAGUACCGUGAAAGAGAGAGAGACAAUAUUUCUGUUGCCCCUAAAACAAAAAAUAUUUAAUGGGGAUCCUACAUAACAAACGUGAAUUUGGUAUAUGUAUCCAAAAUAUUUCAUAGAGCAGUUAAACAAUUGUGCAUUAGAAAAUCUUAAAUUCACUUUUAUUUGGCAAUUAGACCUAAUUAUUUAGUAAAAGAUUGCAUGUAAAAUACAGGUUUUAUUAACGAUAAAGAACAACGAUUUCAUGUAGCUUAACCUAUAGGAUACUAGAGUAAAAAAUAAAAUACCAGUAGCGUCUUAAUUCCCGUAUACGACUUACAUCUAAAAAUUCAGUGGUUUAAUAAAUAUUCGAUUUUGUAUCCAUAAAAUGGAUUGUAAGAAUUAUGUAUAAAAUACAAUUUCUUUACAAGUUUUAAAUUAGUUAUCACAAAGAGAAAUGCAAUGCAUUUUAUUAAUAUUAUCACUGAAAGUCAUUCUUUAUUUAUAACAUGUUGCACAAAAUCAAAGCAUCAAAUUGCUAUUUUAUGAAUGUUUUCCUUUUUAGUAUACAAUGUUUGUGCUCUAUUCAUUUUAGUCUUAUUAUUGUAAUAUCAGUCUAUAAACUUUAUACUGACCUUUGUUACACAUCCAUAAUUGUAAAAUGUAUCUUUAAUACCAACCUGUUAUGUAUAGUUCAUAAUGAAGUUCCUCAACAGUGAUUUUGAAAAAUAUAUCUAUUAUUAGAAAGUAAGUACUUAAUAUAUGAAUGUUUAAAACAUUAAAUAUGGUUUUAUUUUGUGUUAUGAUGAUGUUGACAUUCUUCUUUCUUCAUCUGCCUCAUACAGAGGUUCUAAUGGUCUGCAUUUCAACAUAAGUUCCAUAAU